AUGCCUUGGUAUGGCCCGCCUCCUGCGCCGGAGGGCUUCGUCAUGGCGGAGGGAAACCAGUUUGCUGGCCAGGUUCCCGGCAGCUUCCCCACUGCCUCGCUGUUCAGCGGGCAGGACGGGCUCCUGGGCAUGGGUGCUCUGUUUGGCAAGGUCCUCGGGAAGGGGUUUGCCGGCAAGGGCGCGUUUGGCAAGGGCUUCGAGGGCGGCGUCCCCGGCGCGGCGAGCGGCGGGCCGGCCGCCCCGCCCGGCCAAGCCCGCGCGCCGGCCGGCGCGCGCACCGCCGCCGGCGGCCUUGGCGGCAGCUUUGUUGGCAAGGGAAUCGCAGGCUCCAGCUACGCGGGCGACGACUUUGUCAGCAGCAGCCUCGCUCUCCCGGGCUUCAGCGGCACUAGUUACGCCGGUGACGACCGGGUGACCAGCAGCUUCUCGCUGCCCGGCCUGUCCGGCACCAGCUGGGCCGGCCCCGGCCUGAAUGUUGGCGCCACGCUCAACGGCAAUGGCUGGUCGUGGCCGCCGGCCGCGCCAGCCGACAACGGGUACACCUGCCCCGACUGCCGGCCCGCCGUCACCGCGUUCACGCGGCUGGUCAACGCCAGCGUGGCCGGUUACACCUACGACGAGGCGUCCCUGGAGGACUUUUGCGAGGCGUACUACGAGGCCACCGGUGACGACAGCGACUGGAGCGCAAGCGGCGACGACGGCGCCGCCGCUGGCGCCGGCGCCGCCCCAACUGCGGCCCCCGCCGACGCCUGCGCGGCCUUCUCGCCGUUCGCCUGCCCCGCCGACAAAGGCUGCGUCGCCGCCAACCCCUGCACUGUCCGCCAGGAGCGCCGCCCCGACCAGGCACUGUGCUCCUUCCUCUCUGCCGGCGCCGCCGCCUGCUCCCUCGCGCCGGAGUGCGCGUGGCUGCCCGACGCGCUCGCGGCAGAGGGGCCGAGGGCGCAGCACUGCGUUGAUGCAUACCUGGCAGUCCUCGACCAGGGCCCCGGGGCCGUGGACGGGCCCGCUGCCUACUGCAGGGCGACCCAGGGGGAGGACUGCUCCGAGCUGUGCCUGGCGCUGCUGGGGACGGGCCUGGACUCCCUGCUGUCGCCGCUGCUGCCGGGCCUCUGGCCCUGCGACGCCUGCGCGACCUGCCUGCGCGGGGCCAACGCGAGCCUGGCGCUCAUCGCCGGGACCAACAGCAGCGCUGACGCAGCCCUGGCCGUCUACAACCAGUGCCGCGCCCAGCUGUCCGGCACCCCGCUCUCCGCGGAUCAGCUGGCAAAGGGCAAGUGCAAGGCCAAGGUCGAGCUCAAGUGCGCCUCUGCCGGCCGCAGGAACACAUGCAUCCUCAACCAGGACUGCACCUACGACUUCCUGGGCAAGUGCACAUCAAUGGACGACGCCUACUGCCGGACCGUCGUGUGGGAGCCGCAGCGCACCGUCUGCAAGGCGCGCGCCGUGUGCCGCCAGGUCGCGUCGCAGCCCGCGGCGUCCACCGCCGAGGGCGCGUGCGCGCUGACUGGCCUGUGCCCCGAGCAGUCCGAGGGCGCCGCCGCCAACGCGACGGCAACGGCCACCUGCGAUGCGUGCGUCCGUCGCGCGAGGCGGGAGCUCUCUGCGCUCCCAGGCGGCGACGUCUGCGCCGCUGCCGCGGCGGGCACCGGGGCGGGCGCGCCCCCGCUUGAGGGCCCGGGUGGCAGCCUGGACGGCUGCCUGGGCGUGGUGGCAUCGCUGCAGCGCGGCGCGGACGACUGCCGGGACGUGGAGGCCAAUUGGGGCCUUUUCCUGGCCGAUCUCGAGAGCCCUGGGGAGGGUGCACCGUUCUCGGCCUUCUGCCACCAGAUCAACGCUACAGCCACCUGCGACACGCGGCGGCGCGCCGGCGAGCUCAUGGGCUCCUUCUUCUCGGCCGACGGCCCCUACGAGGCCUGCGCGGCGUCCUCCCCCCUGGCGCGAGACCUAAUGGCGGCCGGCCGCCUGCCGCGGAGCGCGGACGGCCUGCACGCCUUCUGCGUGGAGCUGGCCGGCGCCGCGGACGAUGCGGAUGACAUCGGCACGGCCCUGGACGCGGUGAGGGACCUGUUCACUGGCGGAGCCCUCUGUGAUAGCUCCAGCGACUCGUGCUGCCCGCCAUCCGGCAUCACACCAACCCCCGACGUGUGCGAGGGCCAGUCAACGCCCUGCCAGGCCGGCACUACUUGCAAGGUCACCCAGGACCCAUGCAACGAAGCGGCCAAGGCCAGCUUCUCGCGCAGAUCCAGCACGAACGCAACCUGCGAGCCCGAUACCUUUGUCGGCAACGCGACCUGCGCCUUCUUCCCCGCCAGCCCCGACCUCGCCAGCCGCGCCAUCGCGGUGCUCCCGACACAGCAGCGCCCCGCUUCUGCCAAUGCCAGCGGCGGCGCUGACGUCAUCACCGGGAUCUGCUACACACCGACCCUCUGGGACGCCUGCGCGCCGGGCGCAGCCUGCAGCUUCCCUUGGGCUGGCUCUGACCUCUGUAAGCCCAUCCCAACAUGCAGCCUGCCGCCAUCCACCGGAAGCGGCCCGGGCUGUGGCGCGGGGGAUGACAGCUGCUGCAUUGCAUCUGAGGGUGCCACGUUCUCGGAAGACGAGGAGGAUCUGUGCCUCAUCAACUUUGGCCCCGCCGGCAAGGGCUGCGCCGUGCGCCCGCGCUGCGCCAUGGUCCGCGACCCCUGCCGCGCCCACGCCACCCCUUGGGCCUGCUCUGCCGACCCUACGUGCCAGUACACCGCCCGCGACCCCGCCUCGCCCUUUGGCGGCCGCGCGUGCGCGACCGUCCCCGCCCUCGACAAGUGCCGCGCGGCGGCCGUCGGCGAGUGCUGGCGUGAGGGUCCUGCCUGCGCGGUCGUCGACAGAUGCGUCGCCAGCGACUGCGCGGACAGCGACACGUGCUGCCCCUUCCAGGACGACCCGGCCGGCUGCGCGCGCGCGUUCCCGGCCUGCCAAACCGACGUCGGCUGCCGCCCGAGGGUGGACGCGUGCGCGGCGGCUAUCGGCAACGCGACAGCGUGCGCGACGCUGCCUUACUGCAGCUGGGACGCCUUCAAGGGCUGCUCCCUGGACGCGUCCAAGCACGCGUGCGCGGCCCUCGACAUAGACCUCUGCCGCGGCAGCGCGGACUGCACGCCAGACUUCCAGUGCCUGGACACAUGCAAGAUGUGCGGCGACUGCGUGGCCGCGGCGUACUCCGCCGUGUCGUCCCCAGCCAACGAGGCCUUCCUCAAAGACCCCGGGAACGCCACCCUCGGCAUUGCACUCCUGGAGGACGCCUGCGCGCGCAAACUGUUUGAUCCCGAGGGCUGCGCCGCCGCCCUCGCCGCCGUCAAGCGCCCCGGCGGCGCCACGACGGCCCUCCGCCCUGGCGCGCUCUGCACGCUCCUGGGCUCCUGCCCCCUUGGCAGCUGCAACAUCACCGACCCCUCCGCCCGCCCGGCCGGCGCCGCCGCGCCCCUGGACCGCUGCACGGCCUCCGGCACGGCCGCGGGCGCGCUGCCGCCAGGCACCAACCGCCCCGGCGCGCGCCCCCCGGCGCCGCUGUGCAUGGGCACCGCGGACUGCGCCGGGAACGCCUCGGUCUGCGAGUACCCCGGCACUGACUGCGCCUUCAAGACGUGCGACCCUGAGACCGGGGCGGACGCGUGUGUGGCCACCGGGACCUGCCAGGAUCCGUGCCAGACGCCGUCGGCGCUGGCGCGCCUGGCGGCCGGCAGCGCGGCCGCACCACCCUGCAAGAGCGCCUUGGACUGCCUGCCCGGCGUCGAGUGCCGCCCCUCGCUGCCCGACUGCCGCCGCGCGGUGUGCGCCGGCGGCGUCGAGGCGACCGAGCCAUGCGGCGACAUCUGCUGGCCGCGGGCCCCGCUCAUGAUCGGCGCCUCGGUCGCGCGCGACGGCACGCUCCAGGUCCAGCUGAACGAGGCCGCCCUCACCGCCAGCAGCGCCUGCGCCCUCAUAUUCGACGGCCCCACCUCCCAGCUCCUCGGCCAGUGGGCACUCUGCGAAGCCUUGGGCAGCACGCUGUCGAUUGUGCUCCUUGGAACCGUCGACCUGGUCCCAGGCGCGAGCGUCAUCGCCCUCGACCCCGAGCAGUCGUGGCUCGUGCCCGCCCUCGAGCCGGCCACCGCGUUCCUCGGGUCGCUGCGCCUGCCCGCGACGCUCUGCGAGGCCCCGGACUGCCCGCCGCCGCCGGCGACGCUGGACGGGCUGCUGGACUUGGUGAUCGGCGCCUGCCCCGGCGACGACGACGCGGCAGAGGUCGUGCUGGCCGACGCUGGCGCAUCAGCCACUGGGCUGGCCGGCAAGCUGACCUCGGUCAAAUGGAGCCUCGUUCAAGGCAGUGACCCGCUGCUUGCAGAGCUGAUCGCGGACGCAAACGCCGAGAGGGUGCCGCUGUCGCGCUGGGCCGGCGCGUACGGCGACGACGCAAAGGGUGGCUGCUACGGGGGUUACGGCGGUUACGGUGGUUAUGGUAGUUAUGGUUAUGGCAGCUAUGGCAGUUAUGGUGGUUACGGCGGAUAUGGCGGCUGCGGCGGUGGCGGCCCUGGCGAGCUGCUGCUCCCGCCGCUGGUGCUCACCGCCACCUUGGGCCAACUGCGUUCUGUCGCCCCGGGCACGUACACCAUCGGCAUAACCCUCACCAACAUCUUUGACGUGGCAGCAUCUGCCAACCUCACCUUCACCAUCUCGCUCGCGUCACCGGACGCGCCGCCGGCCUUCAGCCUCAUCAGCGGCGCGGCGUCGUUCGCGCCGUCUCAGAGCGUAACCAUCGCCGCCAGGUUGGCGCCCAGCAGCUGUCCAACAGCUGCCGCCGGCCCUGUGACCUGGUCCUGGUCCUCGGACGUCCCAACCCUCGAUUUGUCGGGCAUGACGUCAGCCACCCUUUACAUCGGCGCCGGCGUGCCGGGCCUCUUGGCUGGCGAGCUCUACACCUUCAAAGCGACCGCCCGCUACGGCAACGCCACAGCCUCUUCCUCCGACACCCUCUCUCUGCUCGCCACUGCUUCCACGCUCGUCGCGAGCCUGGAGGGGCCCUCCGGCGCCGUGCGCGCCGACGGGGAAGCCACCUUCAGCGCGGCGGGCAGCUACGACCCAGAUGACCCGGACAGCGCCCUGGGGGCUCUGGCGUUUGUGUGGUCGUGCUCAGUCUCCGCCACGGGCGGGCCCUGCUUUGACGGGUCCUACCGAGGCGUCCAAGACGGCCCCACAUGGACCAUCGACCUCGGCCGCCUGUCGCCAGGCACCGACUACACCGUCGCGGUCACCGCUGUCAAGGGCAGCGCCUCCCCCAACAGCGCCGGCGAUGAUGAAGAUGACGACGACGCGCAGGCCGCAGACGCGCCCGCCGCGCCGCCGCGCAGCGCGUCCGCGUCGCUGCGCCUUGCGCCGACGGACGCGGCCGUGCCGACCGCGACCAUCCGGCGGUCCUGCGGCGCCGAGGAGGCAGGGCCCGGCGGGCGCGCGGCGCCGCGGCAGUGCCCGGCGCGCCACAACCCUACGGAACCGCUGACGCUGGAGGCGGCGUUCGAGAUCGGGCCGGCUGUGGCGUCGAUGCUGUGGGCGUUUGACCCGUCGCACCCGCUGGGCGGGCUCCUGCUGUCGGACGACACGACUCUGGGCGGCACCGACAAGCCCACGCUGACCGUGCGCCCUGAGGGCCUGCCGAGCGCGGGGUCUGUGUCGUUCCUCCUCACGCUGCUCGGCAAGGACGGAACCUCUGGCACGUCCACCCUGACGGUCGACCUCAACAGCGCCCCCGUCUGCACGCUCGCCGGCGGCUCCGGCUGCGCCGGCGUGCUGCCCGCGCCGUUCUCCUUCCCCCUGGCGGCCGCGUUUGACGCGUUUGGGGACGCGGCCCCGUCCUUCCCCGACUGCUCGACCACCCUGGGCGCGCCCCGCGGCGCGUGGGCCGACCCCGACGGCGACGCGCUGUCCUUUGAGUUUGGGGUGGUUGACCCGCUCACCGGCGCCCAGACCGCGCGCGCCGCGGGCCCCACGCCGGCGUUCACGUUUGACCGGCUCGUCCCCGGCACCCACAGCCUGUACAUGUGCGCCAUCGACGCGCUGGGCGCCCGCAGCUGCGACAGCACGGAGACCCGGGUGGCGCCGCCGGUAGCCGGCGCCUCGGACGCCGCGGUCUGGGAGCGGACGUGGGCGGACAUGGCCGCCGAUCUGGAGAGCAGCCUCGGAGAUGCGGAGGCGGUCGCUCAGAUCGGCUUCCAGAUGGCCGGAAUCUGCAAGUUCCUGCGGGACAGCGGCCUGCCGCUGCCGGCUCUCUUGGAUGAGGACAUCUUUGGCCCCGUGGACGCGACUGAUUACGAACCUGAGGUCGACAUCGACGGAUCCGAGGGCGACAGCAACGAAGAUGCCGAGGACGGCGCCGGGGCUGUCGUUGGCAGCGGCGACGGCGCCUCUACCGCCGCCGCGGCCGUCCAGCGGAAGCCCGAGGGGCACCGCAGCCGCCCCCGCGUGGCCAAGGCGCUGGUGGCCCCAGUGCCCGCGCCGACGGGCGGCCUGCCGGCGGCCCUGAGCCCGAGCAACCUUGUGAAGUCGAUGGCUGCCGCGGCCGCGGGGACGGGCAGCCCCGGCGCGCUGAAUGCGCUGGUGGCAGCUGCCGGGCAGCUGGCGACGGUUGCGCCGAUCAACCCCGAGGCCGGGAUGGCGGUGGUCAAGCUGUACAAGUGA